GUCACUCCUCCCUCCCCUCCUUCUCUUCUCCCUUCCCUCUCUCAAUUCCCUCUCCCUCACGGCCCACAGCAGCUGCCGGCACACCAGACCACCAGCAGACCACCGUGAGCAGCCCGCAGCAGCACAGCCGCGUUUUCCCUCCCCCACGCACUACAAGCAGCAGCCUCACCACGAACGACCACAGCAGCGGCUGUUUCGUGAGCCACCAGCAGGUACAGCAGCCGCAAGAGGUGGUUCCUCCACCAUUUUCGUGCUCCACACCACUACAAAAACCACUUAUACCCUCACCCAUUUCUAGUUCCCCUUGUGCCCGGUUCAUAAGAGGGGCGUAAGAACCCCUUCGAAGCGAUUUUUGUGGCUUGUCAUCUUGCAGUGCAGGGAAAUGCCUCCGUUGUCUAGUCAACGUUUGAAGAGACGCUCGAACAAGGCCUUACGAGAACUGGUCAUGGAGCUAGCCGAGGAAAGGAGAUCUAGGUCUGCGCCCGAAGUUGAGACGGCAGCCUCCAUGAGCAAGAGCAUCUCACAGAACAAACCCCCUGUGUUUACAGGAACUGGAGAACCCGCAAUCUUAGAGAAUUGGUUACGGGAAUUUGACAAGAUUUUCAACGUGGUGCAAUGCCCUGAGCACCUGAGAGUGGACCAAGCCGCUUUCUACCUACAAGAAGAAGCUGAUUACUGGUGGUCCAAUGCUAGAGACAACUUGAUGAGUGAUCCUCAGGAGCCGUUGCAAUGGAAAGAGUUCAAAAGGGUGAUUCGGGAAAAAUACUACCCACCUCAUAUCAGGAAGCAAAAGUCCAAUGAAUUUUCGAAGCUCGAGAUGGGGGAUUUAACGGUUGACGAAUACUAUAAGAAGUUCAUGGAGUAUGUGAAAUAUUGCCCUGAUGACGUCCCUACCGAGGAGCAGAAGAUGCAGCGUUUUGAAUUGGGGCUGAGCAAUGAAAUUCAAGUGCAUGUUGAUAGUGACCGGUACACCACUCUGGAUGCGAUGUACCAAAGAGCUGCUCAAGUGGGAAGUCUACUAUACAAAGAUAAGGGAAAGAAGCUUGAAACUAGCAGUGCAGGUGUCAACAGUGGGGAUAAGAGAAAGGAGAGCUUCCAGCAGCAACACCAUUCCCAGCAGAAUAAGAAACACAUGGGCUUUUCAAGCCUCGAAAGAAAUGGGAAGUCGCACCAUAGGGGGUUCAGCAAUCAAAAGAAGAGUGGAGACAGUAAUAGUAAGGAAAGAGUUUAUUUCUGCCGCAGGUGUCCAAACAACCACCCAGGGAAGGAUUGUAAUGGGAAUUUAGUAGAAUGUAAUGUUUGUGGCAAGUUGGGUCAUCGUGGCUUCGAAUGUUAUGCCAAGCAUGGGCGUCCGAAUCAACAGAAUGGGGGACAGCAGCAUUUUUAUCAGAGGAAUUUUGGGAAUCAGAGGAAUGGGAGUGACUACCGUGGUCAAAACUUACAUCAGUCGAAGAACGGGAACGGAUAUCGGCCUAGUCCAAGCAACUAUAAACCCGGAGAGUCGAAUGGUCGAAGUAAUGGAAGUGCGGGAACCAGUGCGCUAACUACUCAAUCAACACCUGGAAAAUUAACCGCCAUCAGCACAAGGGAAGCAGAGGAAGCAAAGGAUGUGGUGACAGGUACGUUUCUUGUGAACUCCGUGCCUGUCAAUGCGUUAUUUGAUACUGGAGCAUCAAAUUCUUUUGUAUCUGCAUCAAUAAUUGAAAGGUUAGGAUUAAAGGAUCCCGAACCUUCUUCGUACGCCGUAGCAGUUCCUUCAGGAGAGUUGUAUCAAUGCACUAGAGUUUAUAAGAGUGUUCCUUUGACCAUUGGGGGAACCCUUUUUCCUAGUGACCUAUAUGAGUUAAAGAUGUGCGACUUAGACAUUAUUCUUGGGAUGGACUGGUUGGGUCGGUUUAAAGCUAUUGUUGAAUGUGAGAGGCAAGAAGUCAGGCUUGUGGGGCCCAAGGGAAAGAAAGUUAAGUAUUGCAAAGCUACUUCAGGUAUGCAAACGAAGAUAGUAUCGUCCCUGAAGAUGAAAACAUUAUUGAGGAAGGGACUGCCAAGCUACCUAUGUCAUGUACGUAAGAUAGAAGACGAGGAGUUGACUCCUGAAUCAGUGCCAAUCGUAAAUGAGUUCCUAGACGUCUUCCCAGAGGAGAUACCGGGGAUGCCACCUGUUAGGGCUGUUGAGUUCACCAUAGACCUGGUACCAGGGGUGGGACCUAUAUAA